GAAGGGCGAGGGGAUGGUAUCUUCGUGAUAUUAAUAUAUAUAUAUAUAUUUCAAAAAGAAAAAAGAAAAGGUCCGGGGAGGAGGCCGUCGUCUCUGCUCCUGCCAUCUGCAACUAGGAUCUUUGACGACCGGCGGCAAAAACCUACUAGUCCCACAUCCGUCGCAGGAGCCAGCCACCGCCACGGCGCACCGGUUGCAGUCAGGUAGAUGGAUUGGAUCAUUUAGUAGUUGAUCCUCGAUGGAGCCAGUUUCCUACAUUGGGCAAGUGUGGUAGCUGCUCACUGACACAAUGGAACAAGUAGAGAUUUGGGCGCCCAUCUUCGCUGAUCCUCUUCCAAGCCAGGCAGAGAUGGAAGUUUACUCCACAUCCUUGGAUUAUGACAAUACGGACUUCCAAGCACUCUUAGAAGGACCCCAAGAUGAACAUGAUUUGGACAGAUUGCUGAAAUGUGCAUUCAAUCCUACUUAUAUAAAGGAGCUUGAGUUUUAUUCACCAACUAGUGAUCAUGGCAUGACAAUACAAACAUUUGCACCUGCUACACCGGAGGCACUGCUUGAGAAAGAGGAGGCACAUGCCACCAUGGCCCUCAUCGGAGAAGGAGGAGAAUAUGGAGAGGGAGGAGAAAGGGAGGUGAUGAAAGAGGGGGGAGGAAGCAUGUACACACAGCCUUGUCACCGGAGAAGUAGGAGGCUUGCACCCACCACCACAUCGCCAAAGGAGGGGCCCUGCGAUCUACCCGAUUACAUGCCAAAAAGUGGUUGGACGCAUAAGAGUCGUGUGAGAAGUGCACGCAAGAGAGGAACAUGGUCGAUAAACACAAAACCAUGCUCCCGGGACGUGUGCUCUGUGUGUGAAGGCCAAAAACAUGGACGCAGAAGAAACAAUGACCAUUGGACAUCUGAAGAGGUGAACAAACUAGUGGAUGCCAUAUCUGCACAUGGGGCUGGACAAUGGGCUGAGUUGAAGAAAGAGAGGUUUCCAGAAUCAGUUCGGACCGCGAAGCAUCUUACGGACAAAUGGAGAAACCUAGUGAAAGCCUUCACGGUCCGGCCCACAUCUAAAAAGAAAGUUUUAUGUCAUACGUUUAUCAAAUCAUCAUGGAACACCACUGAUUUUUCAUCUCUUACAUUUCUUGAAUUCCAGGGAAAUGUGAAAAGAAGGAUCUCGCCACAUCUAGAUAAGGAUUGCAUCGAAAAGAUCCAGAGGCUAGCAGCUGUUUACCCUCUGAAAUGAAGCUGCACUGCGAAUGUUGCAAGAAACGUCAUAUGGCACUUGUGGUGUAGCAGUUGCCCAGCAACAAGAAUUCUGUUAUUUUUCAAGAACUCAGAAGCAUACACUGUCA